AUGUUUAAAGGUGUUCAAGGUACUUCAACUCUUGGUAAACAUUUGAAAAACACCAAGAUCUCCCAAUUUCAAGCUUCCAUUGGGGACCGUGUUUUAAAUGCCAACAAGGAUUUCCCAACUCACCAAAUUAUUGAGGCUCCAUUAGCCUCUUUCUCUAGAAGAGAUUUUGGUUUGAAGAUGAGAAUCCCAAAGAAGAUCAAGACUAGAAGAAUAAUAGUGAACGAUUUAGACAACAAGUAUGGUUUACCAAACUUUGAAACCCUUAAUGGUGAUUAUUUCAAGAAACUUAGAUUCAAGGAAUUGGGUGUCCCUGUUACUGCUAAAUUCUAUGAUUCUCAAACAGAAAAAAUGUUAAGAGAGCGUAGUGAAGAGGGCAAGAACGCUUCCGUUAAUAAGAACCCGUUGUUUGAAUCAUCCAAACAGUAUUUUGUACCAAAUAGUAUUGCCGAUCUUUUGCAUAUCAGAAAUCAACCACUCAAUUCCUCUAACUUUACAAGACAUAUCAAGCCUGAACUCAAAUCUCUGAGAAGACCUUUUCUAACUUGGUUGGCGACGAACUAUCCUUCAUCUUUAGUUUCGAAUGACUUAACCCUGUUAUUCAAAAAGUUCAUUGAGACAGAAAAGCCUCAACUUUUGGCCAAGAGUAAAGACUAUAUACCUUCCACAUACUCAGAAUCUCUUUCGGGUACUGCUGGUCUAGGAUACAAUUUAAAGGGUCGUUUGUUCCAAACUCCAAAUGGCCCUCAAAAGUCCAGAUUAGUUCCAGGUAGAUUGGUUGGCAGAGGUGACAAUGGUGCCAAGUUUGCGGUUGGUGGAUUCAUUACAUCUUUACGUACCAGAGGUAACGACCAAACUUACCAAAGACUACUGCUACAAAAUAGAACCAACCAAGAUAAUAAAUUUUCUAGAGAGGUUCAAGUUCCUGGUUCCAUUACCCAAGUUACCUUAGACUUGAAGAACAGACAAUUGAACUUUGAUUCAACUGCUAUUACAAAGGAAAACAACUCUAGCAAAUUCAAGCCGUUGUCAAGUAAAAAUAGGAAUAACAGUUUCAGCCAAGAUGCUGGAUUCUUGGAUAUCUUAAACCUAUUACAAUCUCCAACCACUCCAAAAUCCGAGUAA